AUGGCUUACGCUCGUCUGUCGGACGACGCUUCGAUCGAGAGUCCAUACGAGAAGGCAGAGUUGUCUCAGUUGCCGCCGCACAGAUUCGCGGAUUACUUCUCGUACAGGAAUCUCUUCGGUGCUUCCAUCGUUCUCUGGGUAGCGACUUUCGGAAUUCUGGCUUGGUUUCUGGGGCAGAAGCCCUUGGUUUACGGUAACCAUGCGGUGAACUCCUUGCCAUUCCCGCCAGUGCCAUCCCGCAUCGCUACUUUUGAUGCGGAUCCAAAGUUCCACUAUACGGCCAAAGAUGCGGGAGAGCCCGCAUGGGCGGCUCUCAUGCCCAUUGACGAUGGCAUCGUCUCUAUAGCUGAUCCGUCGAGGUACCAGCUACCGUCGAGCUACAAGAAUCGAAACGUCUCUGGCUCGGAAGUCUAUUCGAUGUCCAUGUUCCAUCAGCUACAUUGCCUGGACUCCGUUCGAGUGCGACUCGGCAUAUUGGAAGGUUUCAUGAAUGAAACUGCCACUGGGAUACGUAAAAGGAAGACCUUCUCGCCAGAGUCGCAUGUGAACCAUUGCUUCGACUAUCUUCGCCAGGCUAUUAUGUGCGCAGGAGAUUUGUCCUUGGAGCAUUCUGUUGUUCCCGACGAAUUUGGAUUCAACGGCUGGGGUACAUCUCAUCAGUGUGCGGAUUGGGAUACUAUACGGGAUAUUGCGGUACAAUACCGGUACGAUCAGAGUAUCGAGGAGUUGGCCAAAAUGGGGUAAUUGAAACAGAUUCAUGCUUUACUGCUGGAUUGCAGUAUUGUAAACAAAACAUCGCCAGGCUGCGUCAUCUCAGGUAGUCUGGGGCGGAAAGAUUGGUCUGAAAUUGCCUCAAUCUGCACCAUCUCCUUUCGAAGUGGGGCCCAAUCUCUCUUUGCAUACGCAAUGUAAACCAGCACGAGGGUCAUGUUUGCCAAUAAUAUUGCGCUUCGGGAGUAUUUCGAAUAGACAAGGCUU